AUGAGCAUCGAUUCUUCUGUUAGUUUCGGCGUCUAUAAUACCCCUCCAUCAGUAUCAGAUACCGCUUCUCUAGAUCCUCGAGAUAGAUCAUUAAACGAAGGAAUUCUAGUAACUGAAAAUUAUCUCAUCUUGGAUUUACUCGGCUCUGGGGGGUUUGCUUCAGUUCACAAGGCUGAAUCCAAGCAAGAUCAAGAUGUUUAUGCAAUGAAGGUCAUCUCACGUUAUCAUCAAAAAUACGGUCCUCAAGAUGAAAUGAUUAUGAAUGAAAUUGAUUUACUCAAAGAUCUUCAACAUCCUUCAAUCAUUAGGUAUUAUGAACACUAUCGCACAGAUUCACAUUAUCAUCUUAUUCUUGAAUUAGCAGCUGGUGGAGAUCUUAGAAAGAAACUUCCUUACACUGUUGACGGACUAAAUGAUCAAAUUAGAAAUGCGGAAGUCGAGUUUUCAUCAUCCGCUUCUCCUCAGUUCUGUUCACUUGUUAGUUUGUUGUUGAAGAAGGAUCCUAGGGAGCGAUUGGAUUGUAUAGAAAAAGUUUUGGAGCAGGAGUUCUUUAGUGAUAUGGUCUUUAGUCAUCGUAUGGGUUUUGAUUGA